UUAUUAAAAUACCAAAGACUAACAUACAUUUCAUAUUUUAUGACCAUUUUAUUGCAGCAGAAGUUUUAAGAUUAUUUGCCCCAUAUUCAAAUUCACGGGGCCGCCUGCCUAAACGUCCCAACACUGCUGGGCCUUCAGCAAAAAAAUCGAAAAGUGUGUCCUACACCCAUCGUUUUUUUUGUCUAUCAAAAAGAAAGGAAUAUGAGGUCCCAAGUCCUUCAGUAAAAAACAAAUUAGAGAGGGCAGGAAUAGGAGAGAAGAGGAUAACCUUUCCAGACAAAUACUGCACUCCACAGGAUUUUUCAGACCAUCUUUUUCAGCAUUUCCCCAUCUUGAAAGAGUGUGGCGGUUUCCAGCUCUUGCGAUCCAGAGGAUCAACGCGUUCAAAAAUUUUAGAGACAAUACCCUGUCCAGACGAUGGCUAUUGCCCUGAGUACCUCUUAAGUGAGUCUGUCAUGAUUGGGCAGGCUGUCAUAUAUAUCAGGCCACUCCAGAAAGAUAUAGAUGUGCAGAUUCUUGAGAGUGACCAGCCUAUAUCCACUGGACCACUGACAGAAUGCUUGUACUGCAAUGAGAAGUAUAGCCUGUCAGAAAUACAAGACCAUGUUGAUGUUUGUGAAAAAGUGGAAGAUUGAGCCUGAUCUUGAAACAGCUGCCCGGCUGUUUCGAAGACAUAUCUUAAAGAAUGCUGAGGACAAACCAGACCUAGUUGUAACACUAUAUCUACACAGCUGUAAGGAUCGGGAACGGGACAUGUUAACUUUUUAUAAACGUCCUAAUAUUGAUUGGACAAGUCCAUUAACAGUAAAACUUAAAGGAGAUGCUGCAUUAGGGGAUGGAGUAACACGGCACUUUUUUACCUUGAUAAUGGAAAAGCUCCACAAUGGAUUUGAACUUGACAUUGAUAACUGUGGGAAAACACUUUUAUUCAACGGAGCAGAUGAUCACAAGGUUCCUUCGACAUCUAGAGCACUUUUGGAUGGUGACCUGUUCAGAGUUGUGGGAAGAAUGAUUGGACAUUCAUUUAUUAAUGGAGGUCCACUCUACUCAGGACUUAGUGCAGCUUUCUUCCCCCUUUUAAGUGGCAGUAAAAAGGAUGAAUCUCCAAUUCUGGAAUUGAAGGACUGUCCUGAUACAGAUGUGAUUGAAGUUGUGUCCCUUCUGGAAAGCCAGAAUGAAUUGAAUCCGAACGAAAUGGACAGUAUCAACAAUCUGGCCAUCAGUUGGGACCUGCCAGCAGUCAACAACAUCAACAGAAGAUGGUUGGCAGAAACCAUUCUCUACCAUGGGGUUGUUGGUCGACGUGAAAAACAGAUCUCACAGCUGCGGAGAGGACUCAAAGAUACUGGUGUUUUGAGAAUGAUAAAAGAACAACCCAGUCUAGCUGCAGUACUGUUUCCCAGAUCUUCUGCACUAGUGCUGGAACCAGAGAUGAUACUUAAGAGAGUCAUCUGGCCAGAACCAGACAGUGAUGAAGAUGAGUCCCAAUUCAACCUGGAGCAAUCUUGUGAUGUUACGGCCUUCUUGCGUGAAUAUAUUCAAACAGGAUCACCUGCUGAACUGUGCGAGUUGCUGAAGUUUUGGACUGGCUGGGCUGUUCUGCCUCAACAUCUGUAUGUUGAAGUAUCACCUGACCUGUCAUUGCCAGUGGCUUCAACCUGCCUCACAACACUUAAACUUCCUUUAAGAUGCAGAACCUUUCUUGCAUUUACACAAGCCAUGAGAGCAUCAGUUUCAUCCACAAGGUUUGGCUUUGGCCUUGUCUGAGUUGUUACAUUUAAAAUUGUUCAUGAACUGAUAAAUGCAUGUUUGGGGAAAAAAAUGUAAUGACGUGUUUGUCGUCUUCAGUAUUUUUAUUAUUUUCAUACAUUUUUCUUUUUUUAAUGCAUGUUCUUGAAAGGAACUUUCCCAGUUUUGCAUUGUUUGAAAUUCUUACGAGUUAAAUGAAGUUAACAUAAGAACAAAUUAAAUACAAAUGUUAAUAAGAAAACAUUACUCUUGUUUCUCACAAAGCCUUAAUGCAGUUAAGGCAUUUCAUUCACAAUGUUACAAUAAACUCACCAAAAGAAUGUCA